AUGCGGGAUGUCUCCUGGCGUUGCAGUGUCUGCAGACGUAGAGGCAUUGCUAUCAUUGCCCGUGGCGUGCAACCAGGAAUUGAACAAAGCGAAGUGCUUGAAGGACUGGGUUGUGAGACGACGAUUAGAAAAUCGCCCGACACGCGACGUCUUCAAGGCGGGCUGAACAGGGCUGACUCUGAGAACGAGGUGCUCCUGCUGGCCCCCAAACCUUCCGAUGUUCGAAGACAUUCAGACGUUCCACUGCGAGACAUUUUGAAAUUUCAGCAGUCAGCCAUUUCCAACGCCACGUCCCAACAUGACUUGGGACUCUCCGUCAUGCCGGUGGAGAAGGCUAAAAGUAGCACAGAGCUAAUGAAGAAAGAUAGAGACCAAGAGAGUGGUAGUUCUGCUGCUGGUGGUAUAACUUUGAGUAUCACUCAGUCUUCUUCUAAAUCAGAUAAGCACCAGAACAGUAAAGACGACAAACCAAAAGGACCACCCAACCCUAAAACUGCUUCAAUGAAAAGACAAAGGUCGUACGAACGCGGAGCCAGUGAAGGUGCUCUUAACUUGCCCGUCAAUGCUCGGGGGCGACGAGCUUCUUGUGAUAUGCGAACCGUUGACCCUGACGCGGGUGCGAACAAUAAUAAUGUGUCGACGAGUGGUAGUGACAGCAAGAGUGGGGUUGGUGGCCAUACUCCGUCAAUUGGAGGUGGCGGACAAGGAGGGGGUCUCUCAGAGAAAGAUCUCCAACACCUCCAGAAAACCCAUCAGCAAUACCUUCAAAAACAACAGCAACAACAAGCAAAGCAGGGACAACAACAGCAUCAUCAGCCAUCCCAGAAAUCUUCGAACCAUUCGCAGCAUUCUCAGCAACAUCAACCACCCCAGCAGCAGCAGCAGCAGCAGCAACAACAACAACAACAACAACAGCCGAGAAAGCCCCAUCCAUCCGACUUGGCCAUCGGUUCCACUGACACGCUACGACGGAGAUCAGUACAAAUCUACAAUUCGACGACCAAGCAGUCCCCACAACCACGCUCGUGUGCAUCUCUGGACCAAGAAGGAAUGGACAUGAAGCAACGACAGCAACAUCAACACCAACAACAGCAACAAAUGCAACAGCAACAACAACAUAAUCAGCAUCAUAAUCAGCAUCAGCAGCAGCAACACCAUCACCACGAGGUAAAAAGACAAGGGUCUUCGCAGGAUGGGGAGGCUAUUAAAAUCGUGAUAGACGAUGUCGACUCCACGGCUGCUGCUAUAGACAAUAACAAAGCACAAAAUUCCGGUGAGGCGGCCGACUUUCGGACGAGAGUAGUUCGACUUCGGAGGGAUCCACAGGAUCGAGGAUACCAAACUCGAGGAUUUGGACUCCGAGUUGUUGGAGGGUGCAGCGUGGCUGGAAAGCCAGGGAACCUGAGAGCGCGGGUCGCUCGUGUCACGCCUGGCAGUGGGGCUGACUUCGCUGGGAUUCGUCGUGGUGAUAUUGUGCUCACGUGGAACGGGAUAAAGUUGACAAAUCUUACGUUUGAAGAGGUUUGCAAAGUAAUGGACACUUCAGGUGAUGCCAUCGAGAUCACAAUAGCUUCACUGGACAAUGAUCAAAUGCCAAUUGCAACUGUAAUUGAAACUGAAAACGAACCUACUGCUGAAUGGGGAGAUUCUGACAUGGGCAACGAAGCGGAUAGUCUGGGGAUUAAUUCAGAUCAAUACAACAGUGCAACCUCACCCUCCAGGAGACAACUUCCUCGGCUUCCGACGGAUGGAAGAAUACAGCUUCGUCUAUUUAACGACGAAGUGCACAACACGCUAGAAAUCGCAGUGGUGAACAUUGCUUUCGGAAAUGAUGAUUGCACAACGAUCGACCUUAAUGAUGUCAUCAUUACUUUGAGAAUAGGAGAGAAAAUAGCAAAUACCCGGUGGAAUCAGUGUGUACUUUUCACCAAAGUAAGCCCAGAAGAUUUAUUCGACUCGUGGCUCAUCCUCGAACUGGCACGAGGCUCGGAUCAAACCUUCCUUGGAGAAAGUCACAUCGAUAUGGGAAGGGUCUCCUUGGACGACAGACCUGUGUGGUUUCCAUUCUCUGCCAAAGGAAGCUCGAGUCAUCGGGGUUCCAUAAGUCAAAUAAUCAAUGCGGGUGGUUCUACGCCACCUGGGGCUAGAGAUAUUGCGAGAAGAUUAAGGAUGCGAAUGGCUGCUGGCUCGCAGUCUCAAUCCGAAGAACAAGAUGAUAGUUCAGGACAAUCUAGCCCUUGUGCGUCGUCCUUGCUUCGUCCAGAGGUGGCAUGGGAGGUUUUGGGGACAUUAGGACCACCAAGCGCUAAUCUGACGUCCAGGUCGGCUCCCACCUCCAGACGAGGAAGUGCUCAAUCUGAUCGGGUUGCCAUUGGGCUGGAGGUUGACGACGGAAGAGGAAGUGCUCCGAGCACUCCAGCGUUGCCUCGUUCCCUUCCACCGUCGAGAAGAGGCUCCUUUGCCGUUGCAGUAGAGCAGGUCAUCAGCCAAACUCGCCGGGGAUCGGUUGCGUAUCAGCAACAACGAGUGCCUGACAUGUUCAUACGUCACUUACCAGAAAUUCCAGACGGUGGUGGUCCUGAUCCUUCCAUGAUGCGGAGCAGGAGAAACUCAGCCUGGAAUCCGAGAGAAGUUGGGUUUGAUCGACGAAGCCAGUUUGAGCGAACAGACUCCCUUCGAGCCAUCCAAAAUCAACCUAGACGGACAUCCGAAGUGGUGCAAUCGUUCCGCGAUGUUGUAUUUGAAGCAAGAAAUCGAGCUCGAAAAGCCCAAGAAGACGAAUCGUGGCGACAACACUCUCCGCAGUGGGGUGAUCGUCCAUGAAACCCAUGUGGCUAAUAGUCUCUAGCCCGUCAACGCUCGCAAGUUUUGGCUCAAUUAACAAGCCCUGAAUGGGAGGGAGUCGACCAAAAGAAGAAGAUGCACCACGACCACCGCACAGUUUGUCGAAUCAACUUUCACCAGGAGCGUAAUGCGAUUUAAAGUGUCACAGCCAUAAUAAACAAAAUAAUUUCAUUACAACUUAUGCAACUCUCAAACCUGAAACUGCUAACUAUAUCGACGCGACGGUCUAAUGUUGAGAUGUCAAUUUCGAUGUAAAGUAAUAAUAAUCACGUAGCCAGUAGUAGACGUGCGUAUAUAAGCUCGCCGUAGAGCGUAAAUAUAUUUAUGAUUGAAACAUACUUAAAUACGAUUAGGUAGAUGAGAAAUCCCCAUAUUUUCGCUUGAGGUACCACAUACUUACAUGGAUAGAUACAUUAUGAGAGUCUAUUUUCCUUCUAGCCAUAUAGACUAAUAUACAUAUGUAGAACUAAGACUAUAUAUGUACACAUAUUUAGAACCUUGCCCUCCCAUAUUCUAUGGAGAACAUUACGGAUUGUCCAUCAGGUAGAAAAGAGCUUCAUCAAUGACACUUGAACUAGCAAUCUGUGUAUAUUAGUGGUCUCGAUGUAUGUCACUCUUAUUGAGGUGCUAGAUGAACACAGUUGACUAUUAUUACAAAAUAUAUAACAAUCCAUGUGUAGAUUAGACUCCCAAAGUCCUGACGGUAAAUAUCUAUGUGGCAGAUGAGCAACAAUGGGUUUUUUGGAAAUUUCGUUUUUAGAACUGGUUUAAAAGUUGUAGCCAGAUCCUUAGCAUUCCCUCAAAUUGUCAAAAGGAAAUGAUCAACAUAUUUCGCAUUGAAAUGGAAAUGGAGAUGCGGAGAACCGCUACAUAUUAUUGAAUCAUAUCAGUAUCCGAGAUGAAAAAGUGCACAAAGGGAAAAAAUAUGUGAUGAGUAUAUGCAUGUGUGGUAUCACAUAUCCGCUUAUUGAAUUUUCCCGAGCGCCCCCAUUCCCCAUAUCGUCGUCAUCCUAGGAAUAAAUAUGGGAUCCAUUUGAAAAGGUUUCUCAAAAUUGCUGUCAACGAAUGAGGAUGGAAAAUAAAAGUAGCGGCUGCGGAUAUAUUUCUUAUCCUUUAUCCAUUCCUUCCAAUUCCCUCAAAUUCGAUUUAUAUUUGACCCGUUCCUUGUCAAGUGAGGAACUCCCAAAUCCAAAUGAAUACGCUUCUGCUCCUAUAAAUUCUCCGUCAUCCUUUCACUAGCAUCCAUCCAGCCAAUUGUGGAUCCAUCUCUCUCAUAUCGUCGUUUCAUUUUCAAUUGAGAAAAAAAGCUCUCUCUUAUCCAAUAAUUCCAAUUCUGCUGUUUUCGCCUUGUUCGUUUCGUAAUAUUGGAAUAACACAGACAUGAAAAGGGUUUGAGCCAUUUCAAGACUUUGUUUGAUUAUGAAAUCCUUUGUUUUCUGGAUUUGCGCCUCGUCCCAGUUGCGAAUCCCUCACAUGCGAAAAAAAAAUCGAACAAUUCUUUUCCACGAGCAAAAAAAAAUUAUUUGGCUAGUUAAGGAAAUAUUUAUGAAGAAUAAAUAUAUUGAUAGCCGUAUUUAUUGUGAUUCACUUUUGUGAUACCCGUUUUGCAUCCACAAGUUUCAAUGUCAUUUUAUUGUUUGCACUGUCGAUAUUAGGUAGCUUGAAAUUGACAUAUACGUAUCUUCUCCUCCUCCUCUUUCCCUUUGUCAUUUCAUGGAAAGCUUUUGAUCAAAAUACGUCACGGUUGUAUUAUGUUGUGAACUUUAUACGUAUGUAACUGCAAAUGAUUAUAAUAAUGAUCUUGUCUCUUCGACUUUGAUCUCUC